AUGAAUUCUAAUCCUACACCUCUUGAAGCACUAGUAAAUGCAGUAGCUCUUCCUCAUGUAUAUACUCAAGCCGAGAUGAUUCGUACAUUGCGUCGUAAUCAUGGAGAUAUCAUGCUUUCAGCUUUUCAAUUAAAGGAAAAGCACGCCUUUCGAUCUGAAAUGCACUUUUUGAACCUAAAUGUCGGACUUCCCACUCUUCAAGAAGAGCUACGAAAAGGUUACGCCCAUUUAUUAAAUGAUCCCGAGAAUUUUGAAGGCUGUGUCGUUCUUUUAUUACAAUUGCAGCAUUUUAAACCUGCUUUUGGAGAUGGUGAGAAAUUACAACGACAAGGACACGGUGCAGUUGAUGGAUCGGUUGAAAGUUCACUUGAAAAUGCACGUCGAUUAUGUGUGUAUUUGAUGGAUUUAGCUGUUGAACUUAUGGAAUCUCGUAAUGCACCGGGUAUUGUCUUUCUUAUUGAUCUCGAAAAUUGUUCGUUAGUGAAUUUGGAAACUAAAAUGUUUCGAGAUAUCUUACAACUUUGUAAGAAAUGGUAUCCUGAAGUGGUAAAACAGAUUUUAGUUCUUCAUGGUUCAGCAUUUACGAAAGUUUUAUCAAUUUUUUUGUCGAAACUAUUAGGAAAACGUACUCAGGAACGUCUUCGAGUGAUAAGUGAUGUAAGAGAAUUGAAUAUGAUAUUACCAUUGACAGCCAUUCCACAGUGUUAUGGAGAAACAAGCUGA